AUGAUCUCCUGGCGGCGCAGCGCGUCCUGGUUGUCGUCGGCGUCCCGCUCCUCGCUCGGCGCUGCCGUCGGCGGGGAGGCGAGGGUCACGCCGGAGGCGGAUCCGGCGGCCCAGGAGGAGGAGGAGGACGAGGCCGACGAGGAGCGGUGGUCGCGCCUGCUGCCGGAGCUGCUCACGGAGAUCAUGCGGCGUGUGGACGCCGGCGCCGUGCGCUGGCCGCCGCGGCGCGACGUGGUGGUCUGCGCCUGCGUGUGCCGGCGGUGGCGCGACGCCGCGGUCUCGGUCGUGCGCCCGCCGCUCGAGUGCGGGAGGAUCACCUUCCCGUCCUCGCUCAAGCAGGUGAGACACAGACACCACCGGGCCGUAACGUCUCGUCAUAGUAAUACUGGCUCUUUUGAUCUGUUUGUGUAA